AUGGCUGCCUCGAAAGAAAGCAUGCCAUCCAAACCAGAGGAUAUCGAAACGCGCUCCAUAUUUUCAAUGCAAGAACUAGACCCAUCGCCAGUCCAAGAUGAGUUUCCAGACCUCGAAUCUGGCGAAUACUUCCCUAGAGAACCAAGUCCGCCAUCGGCACACGAGCCCAUCGCCGGAGGUGGUCGGUUCUCAUCGCUCAAGUUAGGUCUUCGCGGACACAGUUGGGAUUCCUGGUUGUCUGCCUUCCAACGAUACUCGACAUAUCCACCAACCCUAUUCCUUGCAUUGCACUGGGCCAAUACCUCUCUCAUCCCUCUGGCUACUCGAUCCGUACCUGAUAGCGAGAGCUUCCUACUUCUCACCAGACCCGUCUAUCAAUCUCCAGGCCUCGAACAUCUCGUCUUGACCGCGCCUGUUCUGAUUCAUAUUGCGUCCGGAAUUGCUUUGCGCAACAUUCGCUCCGCACGGCGGGCGCGACUCUAUGGUGCCGAGACAAGGUCACAGAGACACUCGUUGACGUUUUGGCCUCGGAUGAGUCUCCAAGCUCGGUUAGGAUAUUCGUUGGUUCCGUUACUUGGCGCCCAUGUGCUCGUCAACCGCAUUACUCCGUUAAUGGUCGAUGGGGGAAGCUCAGGAGUCGGGCUGGGUUAUGUGGCCCACGGCUUUGCACGGGCCCCCGCACUCUGGAAUCUAUACUAUCUGUUAUUCGUCGCCGUUGGGGUGUGGCACUUCGUCGGCGGCUGGGCUGCAUGGAUGGGCUGGAGAGUGACAACGGUCCGGAAAGAACGUGACCGGAAAAAGGGCUCCCUAGAGGGUUACCUGGGAGCCUCGGAAAGUGAGCAACGACUCCGCCGACAGAGGAAGAUGUGGUGGACGGUCAACGGCAUUGCCGCGGUGGGAGCAUCCAUAUGGCUUGCAGGCGCCCUGGGCAUCAUCGGGCGUACGGGGCAAGGUUAUGGCUGGGAGGCCAAGGGAUGGAAUGAAAUCUAUAGCCAGGUCCCCGUUAUUGGGUCCUGGCUCUGA